AAAUAUCCUCACGACGUUUUUACUUUCAAAUUCAUUUGUGCGGAAUAUAAAAUCCUAUCGUAGUGUGAAUAUUUAUAAAAAUAUUUGCGUCAUUCAAAAAAUGCAAGGCAAGCUCAAUUCGACGAUUGUUAGUUGAAACAAUAAGGUAAUUGAACGGAAAUUAGAUAAUACAGGGGGAAAUACAAGUCACGUAGCCACUUGCAAGCGAUUUUUCGAGCCUUCAAGAUGUCCAGCGAAGAAGUGCACUGCCAGAUACAAUGCAGCGACCGCCUUCUGAAAAUCGUGCACCUAAGAAGGAUCUUCAAGGACUCCAAAACCGUGGUGGACAUGAAUUUGCUGAAGGAUCGCCGCGAAACCUUCCAGGAUUUUAAUUUCUUGAUGGAAAGCACGGAAUGCGAACCCACCGACGAGAUGCUCAGCAAAUUUCUUGCGGACAACUUUGAAAACCUCGGCGAAAUCGAAGACUGCACCCCGGAAGAUUUCAAGGCCUGCCCGAAAUUUCUCGACGGGAUCACCGACAAGGAUAUGAAGGAGUUCGCGCAGGAUUUGGUCGCGAUUUGGCCGAAAUUGGCGAGAAGAGUCAAGAGUGAUGUUUUUAAACACCCCGACAAGUAUACUUUGGUACCUGUGCCCAAUCCCUUCAUCAUACCAGGUGGCCGGUUCAAGGAAAUCUAUUAUUGGGAUUCUUACUGGAUAAUCAAGGGGCUUCUAUUGAGCGAAAUGGUUGAAACGGCAAAAGGCAUGCUGGAAAACUUCUUCCACUUGGUGAACAAUUUCGGCUUUGUUCCAAACGGAAACAGAGUGUACUACUUGAACCGCUCUCAGCCUCCACUUUUGACGAUGGCUGUAUCGGAAUACCUCAAAGUAACCAAGGACUACGAUUGGCUGAAGUUGCACAUCGACACCAUAGAGAAGGAGCUGCUAUACUGGGUGAACGAAAAAAGCGUGGAGGUCGAGAAGAAUGGAAGAAAGUAUACUGUUCUGAGAUACGUGACGAGAAAUUGUACUCCCAGACCGGAAAGUUAUUUCGAGGAUGUCCAUACGAGUUCUGUGUUUCAUUUGGACGUAGAUAAAGGCAAAUGUUACUCAGAGAUCAGGGCAUCAGCCGAAAGCGGAUGGGACUUCUCAAGUCGCUGGAUUUUUGACUCAGACCAAUACGAUUUAUGCCAUCUUCAAGCUACCAGAGUUGCCCCAGUUGAUCUAAAUUCCUUCCUCUGCAAGUCGUUUUUGGAGAUCAGCAAAUUUUUCGAAAUCCUAAAUGAUUUGGAGAAGGCCAAAUUCUGGAACAACAAGUGGAUGAAUCUGGAAAAAGCCAUCGAAGAAGUUUUCUACGAUGAUGAAGAUGGAAUUUGGUACGAUUUUGACAUUAAAUUGGGGGUCAACCGUAAAGAAUUUUACACAAGCAAUUUUACCCCCCUGUGGACCGAAUCUUACGACCCCAGUAGAGCUAAAGAGUAUGGAAAACGAGCUGUUGAAUACCUCAGAAACAUGGAUGUUCUGAAAUACGAAGGAGGUAUUCCAACUUCCCUUUACCCAACGGGCCAGCAAUGGGACUUCCCCAACUCCUGGGCUCCGCUCCAGGACAUCGUGAUAAUGGGCUUGGAAAAAAGUGGAGACCCGUGCGCUCAAAAAGUUGCCAAAGAUUUGGCGACACGGUGGAUCAAGGCUAACAUGAUUGGUUACGAGGAAACGAACGCGAUGUUUGAAAAGUACGACGCCAGAUUUUGCGGAAAAUAUGGAGGCGGCGGUGAAUACGAAGUCCAGAGUGGUUUUGGUUGGACGAAUGGCGUUGUUUUGAUGUUCAUCGAUUAUUUUUACAGUGACAAUAAGAAAAUGUUAUAACCCAUCCAAAUAUAACGAAUUUUAUUGAAAGG